AUGAGCGCUUUGGGUUCGGGCGAAGAUGCCUUUCGCCCUUCUCUAUUCGAAAUAGUUGCCCAGGAGAAGCUCCGGGAACUAUUGCAACCAGCAGUCCAGUACCUAUUGGCUAUCUAUGCACAACGCUACCCACGUUUACUUAUUCGGGUAGUUAACAACCACGAGGAGUUCUAUUCCGUUCUCAUGUUCUUCAUUGAGCGCCAUUACCUUAAGGAAUGGGGCGCCUCAUUUGCAGAAAAUUUUUAUGGACUUAAGAGAGUAUCCUCUGCUCACCUCGCCAGUCGACCUAAGUUUUCUUCGGUGGGACCCGAAACCACACCCCCUCUAUCUUCAAAGGAGAUCCAACGAUCUCUCUUGAUUCUGGUUGGUUUACCUUAUAUCAAAUGCCGCCUUGACUUAUUCUAUCAGCGCAUAUCGGGUGGACCUUCGGCCUCUCUUUUGGGAGACAAUGAACAAGAAGAGCGAGAACGAGAACAACUCGCCGAUUCUACGACUCCUUUUGCCCGCAUACUAGUUAUCCGUCUAACACGCUUAUUCCGCAAAGUGUAUCCCUACAUUAAUGCACUUUACUAUGGAUCUAAUCUUGUGUAUAACAUUGGAUAUAUGUUUGGUAAAACGGACUAUUAUUCGCCGUGGUUCCAUCUCAUUGGUCUUCAGGUUAAACGUAUGAGCAUGUCAGAUUAUGCAGCUACAUCAGGGCAGGCCAAGGCGCCAUUUUCUCUAUUUAAGAAACCGUGGAAAGCAUUCCCGAUGGUCUUCGGGAAACUGAUAGAAUUCCUAAAGGUGCUAUUGCCCAUGUCAAUCUUCUUCUUCAAGUUCCUUGAGUGGUGGUACUCUUCCGAAUUUGCACGUGGCGGUGGGGUCCAAGAAGAGUCCAAGGCCACUAUCCCUCCACCCAAAAAUACUAAAGCAAGUAGUACCUGUCCUGAUCCAAGAGGUGUUCCUUUACCAUCUACACCCAACACAUGUCCUGUGUGUCUGAGUCAGCCCAUUCCUAACCCAACCGCCCUCCCUUCAGGCUAUGUGUUCUGCUACACAUGCGCCUACCAUUACGUAGAAGAACACAAUCGAUGCCCAGUAACCUGGCAAAGAACACCUCAAGGUGUCCAGGAUCUUACAAAGGUGUAUGCUGACAACUUGUAG